CGUAGAAACAAAUGUGCUCAUUAAUCAUGCAAACUUGACACGGGAAGCGACACUGGCUGCACUGCCCUGCUAAGGCUGUGAUGCAUUUGCCUGCACGAUUUAUGGCUAAAGGCUAAAGGAAAUAGUUGCUUUCCACCCCAAUAAUCACUGGCUACCUAAUGCACAAAAAAAAAAAAAAAAAACACAAGCUGCUGAUGUGUAUAAAUAUAGACUCAGAUGCCCCACGGGCGGGUCAGGACACGAUCCAUCCGGGGCAUUUAGGCCAGUCUGCUCCCAACACUGACACGGUUUGUGAUCCCAUGAGAGAGUCUUAGAUAGAGUUUCCCCGCCAUGCCUCCGGUGUUAUUAAUAAACACAAAGUGAUCCUGUGUUUUCCUGGAGACAUACACAGACCAAAGAACUACUUAGAGCUGAAAACCUUAAAGAUUUUUGCAACACUGGGGCUGUCGUCUCCAAAAACAUUUGUCAUGAACAGAAAACAGCAAGUGGAGGAUGGUAACGACGUAGAAUCCACCGAGGAAAUGCACAAUGACGAUAUUUCAAAACAUCAGCUGCAGACAAACUCUGAAACGGGGUCUGUUUUUGCCCCGUACGACCCUAAGACCCUCUGUACACUAAAGAUGGAGCAGGUGGGCCUGAAAACUCUGGGGGGACAUUUUGAGCGCCGGAUCCAGCAAGUGUCUGGUCUGGAGAGGGAGAGGGACGAGCUGAUCCAGGAGCUUCUGGCUGUGCAGGAACCCAUGCUGCAGGUUGUGGGCCACCUCAGAGAGAAGCUGCGGGAGGCAAAGAGGCUCCUCGCUCUGGCUCAGCUGGAUCGUGUCGCUGUUCAGCAGGAAGCGCAGCGGGUGAAGAGGAAGCUGUUCACUACAGCCAGAGACUGCAUCCAGAGUCAGGUGAUGCUGGCUGCCCAGGAGUACGAGGUGGCUCAGUCCCGCCUCACACAGGAGGAACUCAAGGCCAGUCUCCAUCUUCUGGCCCAUGAGUUGACCCAGCUGAAGGAUAACCACCAGAUCCGGCUUAACGCUUUCAGAGAUCAGGCCUCCAAGCCGCGCAGGUUGAGGGCCAUGAGUGAUGUCAGCCAGUGUCGGCAGGCUUCGGUCAGGCUGCAGCGGAGGCUCAGCGGCAGCGUGAUGGCCCUGGAGGGCUGGUACGAGCCUCGGAUGGUGGCCCUGCUGAGGAGGAGGCAGGCCGGCGAGGAGGCGCUGAGAAACUGCAAGGAGCAGGCGAUGGACCUGAGAGCCAGCGUGGCUCCUCUGAGAGAAGAUCUAAGGAGACUGGAGGUGCAGAGAUCCUGUCUGGAGCAACGGAUCGCUCUUAUGGCGACAGAGAGGGAGGAGAGGACGGCACAUCACAAGAAGACUGUGGAAAAUCUACAAGAGACACUGAGGGAAUUGAAACUGGAGUUUGAGGUUCAGAAGAACUUCAGGACUAAUUUGGAGCAGCUCACAGAGGGCCUGAAAACAGAGCUCACUUUUUUAAGAGGCAGGGACGAACCACAUAACAUCUCUGAAGAGGAGGAAUAUUUAUCUAUUUCUAGUGGGUGAAAGCAGAGCGAGCAGACCAAACCACAGUGCAAGUUAAAAGUUCACAUCAAGGUCUUUAAGGAUGCAUUUUAACCCGUUUUUCAGGGUGGAUUACAUCAGUGGCUUUUAAAAACAAAGAUUGGUUGCAAAACGUUGAAAGUUUAGCAGUUUUUCUCUUAACCAAGCGGAUAGUUGAUCAAUCUGAUCAGAAAUGGGCAAGUUUAUUGAAAUUAUGCAUCUUACUUUCAGACACAGUUGGCACGUUUUCACUGAGGUUGAGGUCAGGAUUAUUCCAGAACCAGGUGUGAUUAGGAUCAACACCAAACUGAGUCCAAAUGUCAACCCUCUCUGUUGGUUGAGGUUAGCUUGAACAAGGGAUUUUAUUAUUCCACAUACUUUUAGUGCUGUAUGCCCGGCCGUGAAACAGACCAACAUGCAAAACUUGGCAUUUUCUUAGGUUGGAUUUUCCCCAAAAUUCAAUCUUUGUCUUGUCUGAACUCAAAACCUGAGCUGAGCUGGAAGGUUUCUAUUUUACGAGCAGGCAGGUCCUCCUUUAGAAGUUCAUGUGAAACUUGCUUUACUGUGGAAACUGAUAGGUUGGAGCCUCUGUGAUUUCUGGGUUGCUCUUGAACAUCUCAAUUAAUUUCCUUUCCUCAGACGGUCAACACUGCAGGCAAAAAAAUACUUGCAAAUGCAAGCGGUUGCUCCCACAGGACAGAGAUGCACAUUAUGAAUAUAGACCGGUUUUGUAGUGGGUUAAGCAGGCAAACAUUAUGCUCGUCAGUGGCUCUGACCUCAACCACACUGGGUCUCCGAUUUAAAUUAACUCCACCAGCUCUGAGAUAUUAAAAUAUCCCACCAGCCUCAUGUCCAUACCAUGACAGCAAUAGCAAAUGUGUGGCUUAUCUGAAUGUUGCAGUUAUGCAAAUUGUAUUUUGUAUGAUUUCAACACCGAAUUGGAUAAAAUGUACGACAAACUUG